AUGUUCAAACUCUUUGCGUCGGUUUGCCUCGUUGCAUUGGUGCACGGAGCACACAUCAAACAGCACACGAGCUAUGAGACGGUGGUACAGCACGAACCGAUCGAAACGAGCCACUACCAGCUCGAGGAAGUCGAUGCGGGUAAGGCGUCCGGCGAAGAGUCACAGGAUUAUUACGCCUAUCCGAAGUAUCAGUACGAGUACGGUGUCAAGGAUCCGUUGACGGGUGAUCACAAGAGCCAGUGGGAAAUGCGGGACGGUGACAUUGUGAAGGGAUCUUACACGUUGGAUGAACCGGACGGUACGCAGCGCAUCGUAGAGUAUCGUGCCGACGAUAAGAACGGGUUCGUGGCAAUCGUGAAGAAGAUCGGCAAACCAAAGCAUCCAGAGGCAGUGCAGGGUAAGAAGGUGCUGGACUUGAAGAGUGCAGACGCCCACCAUGUCGUCGGGCAAAGUUACAGCAAGCUGAAGAAGUACAGCUGA